CAAGACGAGGAGCUCCGCGACUAUCUCCGCAAGUUUAAGGAGGCGGGCCACCUCGACAACACGCUGCUCAUCGUCAUGGCCGACCACGGCGCCCGCUUUGAGAACGUCCGGGCCACAGAUCAGGGGAAACUGGAGGAGAGGCUGCCUUACUUUGCCGUUAGGUUCCCCCCGUGGGUCCACCAAAAGCACCCAGAGAUCGUGGACAACUUCCGACACAACGCCCAGAUGCUCACCACGCCCUUCGACGUGCACGAGACGCUCAGGGAGGUGGCCAAUUUCACGGGAACCGGACCGGCUGACGUCACCAAGAGGGCGGUUAGCCUGUUUAAGAGGAUACCCGACACCAGGCUAUGCGAGAACGCCGAGGUAGACGACCAUUGGUGCGCAUGUCUGUCGUGGCAGGAGAUUGCACUGGACAGCCCUGAGACGCUCAGUGCCGUCAACGAAACUGUCAAGUUCUUUAACAGUCUCACAGAGAAAUACAGCAGCAAAUGUGCUCGUCUGGAAGUGGACCAGGUCAUUUCCGCGUCCCAACACACCACACGCCAAUCCGUCCUCAAGUUCAAGGACACGAAUGACGGCGGACGGGGCCGGUUCGGAAAAAUGACGGACAAUACCAGACGUUCAUUGGUCACUUACCAGGUGACCUUCAUCACCAAACCAGGCGGUGGUCGGUUUGACGUGACUCUGAGCCGUAACACAGACACCGGCGCCUUCUAUGUGGACACCACUGGCGUCAGCCGCACCAACGCCUACGGGGACCAGCCCAAGUGCGUUGCCUCAGAGGCGCCGCACCUCCGCAUGUUCUGUCUCUGUGUGUGAGGGAAAAAGUACUCCGUCUUGUCUGUGUGUGAGAGGGAAGAAUGACUCCUGUUUGUGUGUUUGUGAGCAGAAGAUAUUCGGAGACGUCUCCGGCGAGCACACAUGAACUAUUUGGAGACGUAUCCCCCGCACACAGAUGCACCGCUUUGGGGGUGAAACUUGAGUAUUUUCUGCUGCAGAUCACACAUAUAGACCCUAAAACUGUCGCAUAUCAAUUAUUUUCAAGAAAAUUUCAAAACUAACU